UGUAACUGUCCUGCACAUGUAAAUUGAACUGCAUGAUCUCUCGGAGCAAUCUCAUCCUGUUCCUGACGAAGAUCUUCCACCACUUCUUCGAAAUUGGUCACUCCAAAUCUGCUUUUGCUUGGAUGCUGUUUGUGGUUGUUUGCGACCCCUCCAAAUGAUUGGGUUAAACCAAGCUCACCUUUUUGAAGCAAGACUGAGGCUCCGGUUUUCCCAAUUUCCUGACUUUUCAGACUUCCUGGUCCAUGUUUCUUCACAAUCAGCAAGAAAGCCAAGAAUCGUAAUCAGGAUACAGGAGCCAGACCGCGAUGCAUAUCCUUGCAAAAGUUGCUGGCGGCGAAGUUGACGAGCAUUACGAUGUUCUCCAGGCAUUUUUUGCUGAAGGUGCCGACGGUUCGGGCUUAGUGAUGACGUUCCAACGGCAACUCUCUGCAGAAGAGCCGUGGAAUGGUGAUCCUUCAACAGACGAUUAUUUCAACAACAGUUAUUGCAUCACCCUCGGAUCUGAAGAGACGAUAUAUGGAGGGCUAGAGCAGGUCUCAUUUCUGGAUUCCCAAGGAUAUUUCUAUUUCUCCGAUCAUGUGGCUGCCGAUCUCGGUACAGGACAACGACUCGUCGUUGAUUUUGAGGUGUCUGAGCAAGACCUACAGCGCUUUCAACAGUUUCUCAUGGAAGCAGUGACAUGGGGAGUCCCUAGUCAGAUCCCUCGACUCAACGGUUUAGCCUUCAAAAGUUCCAUCAUGGAAGCUCCCAACACUCAGCCAAACGAGCCAGAAGAAAGAAUUAAGGCCCGCAAUCACAGAAACGAUCACCUCGAAUUCAAAUUCAUCUCCCAAGAGCAACUGGAUCGCGAAGGUGGAAACCCUCCUCCACCCCACAAGCACAUCAUCGAGCACAUCGUCGACUAUCUUUCCAACCCAUCUCAUCUCCCGUCUCACCUCGAACUCGAAUUCGUCUCCCAAGAGCAACUGGACCGUGAAGGCGGAAACCCUCCUGAUGAUGUAGCCGGUUCUAGCGAACCAUCCCUUGAGGACAUCGAAUAUCUUUCCAACUUGACUCCUUUCCAGCAGAAAAUAUACGAUAGCCUGCGCGGUUUGGGCUGGAUUGAUACCAACAUUUGCAACUUUCUGAUCCAGCUUGAGAACAUACGAGGACACAUACGGGCUGAACUGAGAAUGAAGGGGCAGAGUGAGACCGAUAUUCAAAAGCUCGAGGAUAUCUGUAAGACAGAUAUGAAGGAUUUCUCGUAUCUCCGACGGUCUGGCGCCAACCGGGCCCUCGAGGAAUACCAGACUGAGCUAUAUCUGCUGCAUGAAAACAAGAGACAAAGAAGGGUUAUGUUAAAUGAAGAAUAGUUUCUUCUUCGUCCCUUUUUCGUUUAAUUACGAGGCUCACUGGAAGGCAUGUAUACUGUAUCUCGGCGGCAGCUCAUUGUAUCGCCACAUUCUUCCCAUUCAGCCAAUGGGAGAAACUGAAGCUGAUCCGGCUACAGCGGUCCUGUGGCACAAUCAGGGGCAGGGCUGAGAGAGUACGAGGCGAAGGGUGUGCGAUCGAAGUUACCGGGAGUGGGGCCAUAUUGCCAAUUUCCAUCCCAUGGGUCGACCGUCUCGGGCUGAUAAUCAUCGUCAUCAAAAUGGCUAUUGGUCAUUGUGAGUUAUCGUUUCGUGAUGAGGGUAGCUUAAGCAGAACUGUAAGAGUGUUAGCCAAGCAUCUCUGGUAUCCAAUAAGAUCCGAUCCCGCGGCAUGAAUGAUAAGCAAUGUGGAGAUUUCGAAAAGAAGCCUUACUGUUAGCCUUUCCACCAAUUUGACCCGAGAUGGACACCCAGGGAAGCGGUAGGCUCUCUGCACUGAAGCAACUGCAAGAUGCAGAAGAGGAUUGUUGACUAGUUGCC